AUGUCCCUCCCUCCCGACUACUCCAACGAAAUCUCCACCCUCGACCGCGAAAUCCUCAAGCACAAGCCCCACGACAUCCUCCAAUUCUGUGCCAAUUUCUUCAACCGCCGCCUCGAGUCGCAGCGAACAGAGUACCUGCUGUCGCAACAGCACGCCAGCCAUCAGGGCCGUGCCGAGAACAGCUUCCCGGGCAACAACCCCUUUAGCACCUCGCCCAGCAGCGGCAGCAGCUUUGCAAAGACGACCAUGCACCGCCUCGAGGAAGAAGAGGAGAACGAUACCAUGACGUCGCCCACAGCCUCGACCUUUGCUGCCGUCGACUUUGCCCGCGUCCGCAACAACGGCAACCUGAGCCCCGUCGGUGAGAGCGCCUUUGGCAACUUUGGUGGCUUUGGCGGCUCCUCCAAGAACAACAUCACCCAGAUGCCGCCGCUUGUCGGAGAGGGCCAGACCUUCCCCAACAACUACAACACCAACAGGCGCACCUCCGUCUCGGCCGAGUCGCUCAACCCCACCUCAAGUGCCGCCGACAACUUUACCCCGCCCUUUCAUCAAAAGACGCCCGACCAGCUGUCGCGUCUCAAGUCGGCAGUCUCUGGCAACUUCCUCUUCUCACAUCUCGAUGACGACCAAUCGUCCAUGGUCCUCGGUGCCCUGCACGAGAAGCCGAUACCAACAAAGGGCAUAAAGGUCAUCCAGCAGGGUGAUGUCGGAGAUUACUUCUACGUUGUCGAAAAGGGCUCAUUCGACAUCUACGUCAACCAGUCGGGAAAGCUCGAAACGGGCGCCGAAGGUGCUGGCAACAAGGUGGGCACUGUUGGUCCCGGGGGCUCCUUUGGUGAGCUGGCUCUCAUGUACAAUGCGCCCCGUGCCGCCACAGUUACUUCGACCGAGCCAUCAACCCUCUGGGCACUCGACCGCAUCACCUUCCGCCGCAUUCUCAUGGACAGCGCCUUCCAGCGUCGACGCAUGUACGAGGGCUUCCUCGAAGAGGUCCCCCUGCUGUCCACCCUGACGCCCUACGAGCGUUCAAAGAUUGCCGACGCUCUUGAAACCAAAAAAUACCCGCCCGGAACAACCAUCAUCCAAGAAGGCGAUGUUGGCGAGUCGUUCUUCCUGCUCGAGGCUGGAGAGGCAGAGGUCUUCAAGCGCGGCAUUGACGGCCCUGUAAAUCAAUAUCAAAAGGGCGACUACUUUGGUGAAUUGGCACUGCUCAAUGAUGCGCCCCGCGCUGCCUCGGUCAUCAGCAAGACUGAGGUCAAGGUUGCGACUCUUGGCAAGAACGGCUUCCAGCGAUUGCUGGGACCUGUUGAGGGCAUCAUGAGGCGAAACGACCCUACCAAGUCGGUAUCCGAAGGCGACCACGUAGAUCCCCUCUCCUAG